AACUGGUCUACCUGUGUAUCAAAAUUCAUUGUCUGAGCAGGUAAACAGUUAUUUAUAGUAACAAAUAUUUCAAGAACAAUAAUUUAACGGACGACUCAUAAACAUUUAAAAUCAAUGGAAUCCCCCGUAUGACGAUUUAACGUGGUCACGAUUUUUAGAACCCUGUCCAGUAUUAUACAGAGUUGAAGCCUUCAUCGAGAUCAUAGAAACAAGAUGAAGCCUACCCUUGUCUGCUUGACUGUUUUGUGCGGGUGUCUGCUCGUGCAGGCAAGAUCAUCGACACCAAAGAAUGGAGAGAAAGAAGAUGCAUUGAAUCGUCUUGAGCGUGUCCUCGAAAAUCUAGAAAAGCAAGGCAUUGGGGAUAACAAAGAGUUUGAACGACGAGAACAACCGCUUCGUGACGGUGACAAUGAAAAUGGUGAGCGUCGACGACCCCCACCAUGCGUUGCUGAUGAUGAAGAUUGCGAACGACGACAACCCCCGCGUGAUGAACGUCAAAGCGAUCGAGAUGAAGCUAGACGCAGGCCUCCUCCUCGAGCUCUUGGCCAACAUGAAAUUGAACAAAGUAGCAAUCGACAAAAACCUCCACAACGUGAUGAACGUCAAAGCGCUAAAUACAUGUAUGACCCUAGACGCAGGCCUCCUUUUCGUGGCCAACGUAAAAGUGAAGAAAAUAGCGAUCGACGGCAACCCCUACAGCGUGAGGAACGCCAAAACAGUCAUGGUGAAUCUAAACGCAGGCCUCCUUCUCGUGGCGAACAUGAAAUUGAAGAAAGUGGCAAUCGACGAAGACCCCCACAACGUGAUGAACGUCAAAGCGAUCGAGAUGAACCUAAAAGCAGGCCUCCUACUCAAGGCGAACGUCAAAAUAUUGAUAGUGUCGAUCGACAAAAACCAUCUAUGGGCCACGUUGAAGAUGGCGACAAACGACGACCUCUCCCGCGUGAUGAACGUCAAAGCGAGCAAGAUGGAACCAAGCGUAGACCUUCUCCUCGUGGCGAACGUGAAAAUGAAGAAAGUGGCGAUCGACGAAGACCCCCGCCUUAUGAUGACGAGAAUGAAGAUGGUGAGCGUCGUAGCCUCUCCAUCAUUCAAUGUUAAUGAUAAGAAUUUCAGACGAUGACGACCCCCACCCAAAGAUAAUCUUGAGGACAGAGUUUAAAAGAAUUUUGAAAUCUAUAGCAAUUGAAAAUAUGAAAAAUUAAUUAGACUAAAAUAUAAAACCUUAACUUUUAAUAU